CCGGACGCGUGCCGCUUUUUAAACGGACGCCGCGCCGCGAGACACCAGAGAAGGAGUCCCGCACGCGACAGUCAUAGUCAUAGCGUGCCUUCAAGAAGUUUUCCCAACAACAAAAAAAACUUUCAGCGAUUGUAACUUCACAUCGGCCUGCCUUCUUUGACGCUCUUGGAAACAUGGAUGUUGAAAUGAUGGAAGAGUGGAGCAAAGGCGCACAAGAGGUGGCAGUGCUCGACUUGAAGCAGCAGAGCCAGAGAGUGAUGAAGAAGGGGGGAGAGCAGCAGCUCGAGGAGUCCCGCUACGAACCUGGACUGACGCUCGUGGACAGCGGCAUUGACCCACGCGCCUGGCUGGCUCUCAUGCAGCCUUCUGGCACCUGCGCGGCACACGACACUUCACCAGAAUACCUGCGCCACUCGCCAAGCUCAAGCACCGGCUCCUACCAAGAGAGUGGCUCCCCGGGGUCCUCUGGCCAUCCCAGCCCUCCCAGCUACAGAAAAACUGCCAAGAGCCCCUCCUCUUCUUCCAUCAAAGUCAGGGAUCUGUGCCGUCUCAAAGGCAUGGUCACCGGGCCCGAGGUGGACACGAGACAGAGAGCCCCGUCCAGCAAAUCCACCGGUGGGGUCCACAAACAGAGGCGCGUGGCCGCCAACGCGCGCGAGAGACGGCGGAUGCACGGGCUGAACCACGCGUUCGACGAGCUGCGCAGCGUCAUCCCGGCGUUUGACAAUGACAAGAAGCUCUCCAAGUAUGAGACUUUACAGAUGGCGCAGAUUUACAUCAACGCUCUCGCUGAUCUGCUUGAAGGUCCGGUCUCCUCCAACAACAAAAACAGCAAUAACGACGCGUCAAACAACAAAAACAACAACAACAACUCGCCAAAGUGUGACAUCAUGCCUUUAUCCGCAGUUGGACUAGACGUGACGAAGGACAGGGUUUCUCCGUCUCCUGUGCCCGUCUCAGGUAGCAGCUUACCUGUCCACAUCAGCGGGAUGCCUUUUCGCUCCUCAUUCGACGACUGUUCGUUUUCUGCCAUGGUGGAAGAAGCGAUGCGUUCGCCCUCUCCUUCGUCCUCCAGCCGGGCAGGAGGGAGGAAAGCGUCUCCCCGGAGCGACGGAGAGUUCUCCCCCCACUCCCACUUCAGUGACUCGGAUGAAAUAGCGAUGGAGCUGCACUCAAGUGAAGAAGACGACCACCCUCACCACAACGUUUCUUUCUGAACGCUUCAAAACAAGAAUAACAGACUUUAUUUUAAUUCCACUUUAGAGCUCAACAUUUAAGCAUUCUGUAAAUGGUGUCAACACAGUUUAUUCUCUAUGUUGCUAACAAAAAAGUGGUUUAGGAGAUAAAAAGCUUCUUCAUAAACGUCAUUACAUUUGAAACAACAAUCAAAGCCUAUUUUAUCAACUUGUAGCCUAAUCUAAAAAUGUUUUUUUUUUUUAAAGUGUGAUAGGCCUAAUUCGGUUCUGCCAAGAGAUGAAGGCCUUUAUCCUAUAAUUUCUAGUUUCCAUGGAGACGUGGCUGGAAGACCCCUCUGCCAUGUCGCGCGCAGCACUGCCAUGGGUAUCUCCCACGUCACUCCGACCAAAAAGCUGUCUUCCACAAAUUCAUAUCUUUAUGGAUAAUUGCUGAAAUGUUAUUUUGAAAACAGUUUUGUAGCUAAAAUAA